CGUAUAAACCGCGUAAUUUGUACCAACAACUAUAUCACUUUUCGACUAUCCACGCUUACCUCUUCAACACCACUUUUCGACGUAAACGACGCAGAGAAGACCAUUUCAUCCUCAAAAUCCAUUAAUUGUUAUCAAACAUGAAUAUCAACGCUCCAACCUUUGUGCCUAUCUCAGAUGCCAAGUCACCAUCGAGUGAUCAUACCCAAGAUAUCAAGCAUCCAGGCAAACCUCCUGUUGAGCGUCAGCAGGCUAGAAAACAUCAGAAUAAACCCCGCUCUAACCGUGGCAAAGGAAGCAAUCGCCCCCAGCACCACCAUCAUAAUUCGUCUCAGAAGACGAACAAAGCGCAAAAAGGUGGUCCACUACACGAAACGGAUGCCCAUCAAGAUGGCCAAAUAGUAUCCAAUCUUACAAACACUUCUACCAACAAGCGUGGUCAAGUCUCGCUGAACCAUCUUUUGAAUUUUUCCUUUCCCGAACGACAGGCGCCGCAACCUGUUUAUACACAGCGCAAAAUCAAGACCUCCUCCUAUCAACCAUACAAUAAGGAACGCUUUCUAAAUGCAAACUUUCGCUUUCUGGUGAAUCCCACCGGUGAUUAUACUGUCAAUAUGGCUGACCCAGAUCUACCAAUCAAUUGGGCUGAUAUCGAACAGGUGCUCAUUUCGAAAUCUAUCCCACCCACUUGUCCAAUAUGUCUAUCACAACCUACGGCCGCGCGAGUGACGAAAUGCGGACAUACCUUCUGUUUGCCCUGCAUUUUACAUUACUUGCAUUUGAACGAUAACCCUAAGAAGGCUUGGAGAAAAUGUCCCAUUUGUUAUGAUGCUAUAUAUGCUCGAGAUCUCAAAAGCGUCAAGUUCAUAUGUGUCUCCGCAGUUCUUGAGCAUGCCGUACCCAAUUCAUUCGAUCAAGCGCGAGUCACCAACACACCCAGUCAUCCAGUAGUUGGUGACUUGGUUGAUAUGAGUUUAAUCCAACGGUCCGGUUCUUCCACCCUAGCCUUCCCCAUAUCAUCUUCUUGGCCCAUUCCUGAUAAUAUCUACUCGGCUUAUACCAGACCAGGGACAGUGUUUCCUCCAUGGCACUUCACACCUGAUGCUAUGGCUUUUGCAAAAUUUAUGCUUGCCAGUCCAGAAUAUCUGAAGUCAGAAUAUACUCGGGAUUACAAAGAACUAAACGACGGUUUGACCGAAGCCAAGGAGUGGAAUGCCACCGAAGAAGUCGAGUUUUUCAACUCGGCUAUAGACAUCGUUACCAACGAGUUAGCAAAUGUGCCUACUCGAGAUACCUCAGAUGUGUCGUCAAGCAUUUCGACAGCACAAGCGAUUUUGCAAGCAGUGCAGAAGAAUGAAGGAAAGCGUGCAGAAAUGGAGGCUAAAAAGGCUCAACAGAAUCAAGCAGACCAACAUAAUCCGGUUGACGCCAAUGUUCCAGAAGCAUAUCAACAGCACCAAUUGAGUCGAACCGGUAGUUCCAGUGUCCUUUCUCAGUCGACUGAUAGCUCUUCAUCCAUACAACCUAGCACUUCAGCACUGCCUAAGCCUUCAGAUUCUGCAUACACAUCUCCGUCAUACUACUUUUACCAAACAGCAGAUGGUCAACAUGUAUACCUUCACCCACUUGACAUCAAAAUUCUCAAGCAGGAAUUCACCACUUAUGACAAGUUUCCAAAGAGUAUCGUCGUUCGAGUCAAUGAUGUAGAAGAGAGUACAUUGACAGAGGAACUGCGAAAGCGAUUCAAGUAUCUCUCUCAUUUACCCCUUACUUGUGAUGUUACUUUCUUGGAAGUAGAUCUUAAAGGCGUUGUAUCGGAUGCCACCUUGGACCAUUUCAGCAAUGAACUUCGUAUUAGGCAGAGGAAACGAAAUGAACGUAGUCGACGUGAAGAAAAGUCGAAUCGGUUAGCCGACUCCAGAGAGAAGCAAACGAAACCUACGUCAUGGGCCGGCGAUCACCCAGAUCCUGGCAUUCUUCGGGACGAUCCGUUCUUCGCCCCAUCCACUGGUGAGAAUACGGAAGCUGCCGAAGAGGCGAUGUUGUCGGAAGCGUUGUUGGCAUCCACUGUAGAGGAACGUGGACCUAGAGAUGCCGGGCCCCGAACCGUUUGGGGAACUCGCGCAGUUGAAAGCAGAGAACCUGCUGACGACGUUGAAGACGAGUAUGACCAUUGGGGAGAGGAACAGAUCAUCGUCAAUAAGAAAGGCAAGAAAAAGCUGGUUUUAAUGAGCACAAGUGCCCGUAGAAGGCUUUGAACCAGUUUUUUAUUCUUUUUUACGAUACACGCUUUGUAAUAAAUAAGAUGAUUGCACAUCAAUGAUAUAUGCAACUAUGGUAUCAAGUCACUGUCUGAAAGCUUACUUGAACAUAGAUGUUUGAAUGAUGUUACGGUAUAAUUUUUGUUUUU